AGACAGCGGCCGGCCGGCUCUCCCGCAUCCACCCGAGGUGCAGCCCGAUUGCGCUCCUUUGACCCCAUCCCUGGGACCGCACAGCCUCCAGCGGCUCCACAAAGGCCCCAGCUCCCGACCUCCCAGAAGAUUGGGGCUGCGCGACCUCAAAAAGCUCCUCCGUGAAACAGUCUCCCAGAGACGGGACUUGCCGCGCCGACACAGCCAACCAGCAUGUCCGAGCUCUCCGUCUCCCCGCCCCGCUCGCCGCGGUCGCCGCGGAGCGUCGGCUCGCGCAGCGUGACCAUUUCAUUGGACAGCCCGAAGGCGUCGCACACGGUCAAGCUCUCGCUGCCGGCGUCCAUGGACGCCGAGCCCGUGGCGCGCGUCGCCGAGCACUUCGCCAAAAGUUAUAAUGAAGCCCACCCCGGCGAGCCGCCCAUCAAGCCCAACCGUCUCCGAUUGUCGUCCGACGCCGACCGUCGAUUAGUAGAUUUGAAGUCUCCGGUUGGCGCCGCGGUGAAGGAUGGCAGCGCCUACACGUUCUCGGAGCAGGAAAUCGAGCAGCAGGCGUCGCCUCAAGAGCAAACACCCCCGCCGCUGCCGCCGCGGGAACUACCAUUCCCGCGGCGCUGCCGCGUCGUCGGCCGCGGGCUGGUGCUGCGGGCCUCGCCGGAGACGAUCGCCGAUAGGUUGGCCGAGUUCCCCUUCGGCGCGGAGGUGGUCGUAAGGGAAGCGCGCGCGCUCGCGGACGGCUCCGUGCGCGUGCGCUGCGCGCCCGAGGCGCUCCUGCCGGGCGGCGCGGCGCCGGUGGUGUACGACGAGACGGGCCGCUGGCCCUGCGACGGCUGGGCGCCGGGCCGCGUACUCGCAGAGCUCUCGGGCGAGCCGUUCCGGUUGUAGCCUCCCGCCAUGCGUCUAUAGAAGGUUUGCAUUUUAA